GAACAAAUGAAACCCUUCAGCAUUUUUGUUUGUAAUACUUGUGAACACUGCAUUAAUAGAGGCUACCCUGAAACCAUGUCGCCGACAAUGUAGCCCACGAAUACGUAGUCAAAUUGUAUGUGCCCAGGAUAAAGAUGGUCGCAAUUGUCGUAAGUUAAAAGAAUGUGAACUACGUGAGCUAAAUUGUCGUUUAAGAAGUCGCAAACAAUCAAUGCUUAUGCAGACGUAUAUGCAACGUUGUCGUUUAAUAACAGGUGCGACAGGACGAAAUAAAUGUGCCCCACCUUUGGUAAUGAUACAUCGUAAGCCAACAACGAUGAUGCGUGAUUGCAAACGUUUACGUUGUUGGGAUAAUAGCAAACGUGCAUGUUAUCGUUGCCCUCACAAAGGUGACAUAUGUCAAUUGCUAACUGCGUGCCAGGCAGAACGUGCAAAUUGUCAACGACGUCGUCGUUCGAGAAAUCAACUCAUUCGUGUUGAUGAUUAUGAAUGCGAAAAUGUUAAACGUGGUCAUAUGAGAAGAUGCAAGAAACUCAAUUAGAAGGUGAUAUGGAAAAGGAUUUGAAAAUUAAUUUCUUUGCUAGAAAGUUAUUUAAUAAAAGAGAAAUUGAAUUAAAAAGAGAAAAUUUAAUUUAUUGAAA